CUUCUCGAUCCACAUGAACUAUCAUCGAUGAACAAAGAGUUCGACACAUUAGAGAAUCAUCUCCUGCCUGUCAUCCUAGAAGAUGUAUGCGCUCGGAGGCCAGACCAACAGUCAAUUUCAAAUAUUAGAACUGGCACCAGAAACAUGAUCGAUCGUAGUCUAGUUUUCAAGAGGAAAAACAUCAAUGAUGCAAGACCAGAGAGAAUUAAAACACAGCAACCUUAUAAAAGAAGAGAGUGUAAUUCACUAGAACUCAAGCUUCCAAAAGCAUGGCCUAGAUCAAGUGCUUCGACUUGGCAAAGCAAAAUAUCAUCACGAGACAUGUAUUCUAUGGACAUAGGAGGCAAGAAGAGAACUAGACCUGGACGAGAUUUGAUGGUGUCGAAUUCCAAUUCUCACUCUUCAAUCACCUCUUGUCCUUUGUAUGAGACAUCUGCUUAUGCUAGUAAACAUGGAGAAACCGGAAAGACUAAACUCUCUUCCUCUGUCUCGAGCACUAAGACUCCGAUAAGAUCAUCUUCAAAGAGUAAAAAGUUUGAAAAUCUUAGUUCCUAUCAUAAAUCACCUCCUAGAACUCCAAAAGCAUGGUCCUUGGAGUCAUCAUUGUCAACGUCUAGCACCAAUCGAGCUCAUACUGAUUCAAAUCGUUGUCUCUUAUUGCCUCGAAGUCAGCUUACAGAACCUGUUGCUUCAGUGCCAAGGGAGAAUCCCCAACCAUCCGGUCUUUGUAUGCCAUCGCCAAAAUUUGGCUUCUUUGAUGAGGAUAUGUCAACUUUCGAUGGAAACUCGAAUCAACCACAGAAGCAGGGAAUAUCAGCAAGUAUAGAUGAAGGGAAAAGUGCUGAAGCAUCAAUCAAAGUUAAACGAGAUAGAAGUCCGCUAUCCAUUGACAGUGUAAACCGAGAUUCAAUGAUAACAAUACUAGUUCUAAGUCCAAUCAAGUCCCGAUAUGCUGCAUCGAUACCUAAGGCAAAAGAUGCAUCAAAUGCGCGAAAAGAUAUAUUUGAUGUACAGUCUAACUAUCAAACUGAUAAAUCUAUUGAGAUUGACAGAAAAGUUUGCUCAAAAUUGAGGAAAGUUGGUGCUGGAGAACAUGACAGAAAAAGAAUUGGACUAGUAAAUGGGAUAGUUAAGACUAAGGAAAAAAGAGAAAAGAUAGUUACAAAAGACGACAAGGCGAUCAACAUUAGAACAACAAUUACGCCUCAAUCCCAAACAAGUCAGGGUCGGUUAUAUGAAUCUUCACUGUCCAUGGCGCUCAAUUUAACCCCAUCUCCAGACAAGGGGAUUACUAGCACUUCAAAAUCAAGAAGACAAGAAAAUGAAGUCAAUGAUUUGAGUAGAUACUUGGAGGUCAUUGAUUUGAAUGAUGAGACAGAAACACAGGUUAAACAGAAUAAGAGUUUUCCUCAUAUGAGAACUCCAUUGGUUGAGAAAAAAUCUGUUUGCAACAGAAGUGUAGCUCUCAUGAGAUCAGAUAUGGUUAAGGACAACAAGGAGUCAUCUAAUUUGCUUUCUUCAAAGGGAACAGACAAAGAGAACAACUGAGCACUAUGCAAAUCUAUGUUGCUCGGACUAACAAAAAAUGUUGCAAGCCCCAUGUCAGACCCUCUCAA